UAUGAGUUCUCAUUGAAAGCAGAAGAUACUUUUGCCGUCAAAUCUAAUUCAAGAAUGAACUAUACACACUCUUUUUGGCUCACAACAUGUCUUUUGGUCCGCUUCCCUCCCAACUGUGUCUGCUCUCCUCCCUGUCCCAAAAAGAUAUUGGUGAUAAAGUGAGGUUCCUGGGAUGUGUAACAUCCUAUUCCACCGAGUCUGGCGUUUUGACCUUGCAAUACAGAGGGUCUGAGGACAGACAACUCACUUUCGCCUCGGUCGAUGUCAACCUCGUUCUGCAGAGUCUCAAGGCGGAACAAACACGCCUUGGCGAAUGGGUGAAUGUCAUCGGAUAUGUCACCUCGACCGACAGCAAAAAGCUAGGCGACACGAAUCCGGUGGUUGAGGUCCAAGCAACACUUCUUUGGUCGGCUGGUCCCCUCAACCUGGAAAAAUACGAAGCGUCUGUACAGGCAUUGGACGGUGAGGAGAGUUGAGUUAACGCCUAACAAGUGCCUCUCUCAGGACUCACUCAUCGACUUUGGCGCACCCGCUGUUCGCAAUUGUGGUGAUAUUUCCCGAGCUCACGAUUACAGCCAUUUCCGAAUAUACCUUCUUCGUGCCAGUACAACACUGAUCAACAAUAUCAGACGGCGGUGCCGACAAUGUGCUACAGCAUAUGUCGUAGGACGAGGUCUACUGGGAACUUACUGUCCGGAAUUGGGGCCAGAAUGACCGCAAUGACGGCUGUGGAUGCCUUCAAACCUGCAUACGGCGCCGCUCUGCUCAUCAUCUGCUAAUACUUGACGAUGCCUGGGCUCUAAUGAACUAUGGGAUCUGCACAAAUCGGUUGCCUUGUGGUAACUGCUUCGGAUUGGCUCGAUGGAGGUCCCGGGCGAUUGGACGUGUGAACGACCACACGGCUGCCAUAAACGUCUCUUGGUGCGCGCCGCAACACCGCACAACAGAAGUCACAACAUAUCGCCUACGUUGUCGCAGGCGACUUUCAUCGGGUCCCAGAUGCACGAGGGAAACAAGCAAUAUUCCAAUUGGAACGUGUGGAGGCUUUCGAAUUUGGGCUAGCUCUCUCGGUUGCAGAAUCCGACGCGCAUCAUGCACUGCAGUCAUCCGCCGAAGAUAGGAAAACGCCGUUCCAUUGCCAGAUGGCACGAUAUUGCUGGUCGACCAAAUACUCUACAACCACCAUAACACAACAAUCGAUAUGGCACAUGCACCUCAAACCGCCAACUUCAGUCACUCUGCUUCACCAUUCGCCCCUCGUGGCUUGCUUCCCCACGUUCCACAUUGAUCCCUCUGCUACUGUCCCCUCAUCAGGCAUCCGAAACGAUCUGAACCAAGCUACCUCGUGCCCGAUAGUGGGUAUCCCCCAAACUCUCAUCGUCUGUCAUCCCGAUGGCUUCUGGGCUUUCUCCGUCUACUGGACGAUUCACUGGUGCCGCCCGACUUCCCGAGUGAUACAGGUGCGUGAAGAGGUCGCUUGAGGGAUUUGCUCGAACUGCCGGCUGCUCGCGCUGCUGCCUGUUUCUCCCACAGCUGCUUUGACUUGACGCAUAUGUCGUCUAUUUGCUCCUGGGGGCAUUGUCAACGUUGGGGCUCGAUCGGAGCUCUGGUGUGGGAUCGACGGCUCACAUCUGACAGGCAAGGUCCUGGUGUGGUGAUCAAGAAGCCAUCUUCACCCUGAAAGUUUGCACUCGUCAGCCUGUCGCAAACCUCACGGAAGGGCAUUUUUCACACCUCUCGAGUAAAAGGCCUCACGCUCGCGUCGGGUCCGAGGUAAUACUGAAGCUCCUGAGUGAUGACCUUUUUGUGGAUAUCCAGAUUGGGAAUCCAGUAUCUGUUCAUCGAUUCAGGCGGCGAAGACGACAUCUUGGGCGACGGUAAAUAAUGAUAAUGUUGGGAAAAGGUACUGAGCUCCCUGUCAUCGUCAUUGUCAAAGCAACGGGGACUCUGGUGUCUUUAUAUGCUUGUGUUGAACCAAGGUCCUUGGCUGAGGUGGUCAGUUGAAGCACGGUUACGGUCGAGGAGGCUUGAGAAGAAUGUCACUAAGUACAGUACCGCUUCCAUCCUACUGUUCUUCUUGGUUCUAGCCAUUCAGGGACAUCCUUCUAUAGGCUCGUGAAAGGCACAGUAUUGCAUGUACGGAAUCUCCAAGGUGCCAUUCUACUGGUUGCCCAGAGCUUGACCUCGUCCGCCUCACUUUUUUCUCGCCUCGUCUCACACCAAAACCACCACACACUUGCCCUUGAGGAGUUUUUCCUCGGUAUUCUACCUCCUCCAGAAACACACAUUGUGUUUCAUUUGAAUUAGUCCAUAUGAUUCCGGGUCGGAGGGUGCCCAUUUCAGCGCCAUCAUGCCAGGCGCUAUGUCACCCUUGCUCUCAUUCACGGUGCCCAGUGUCACGGAUUGUCUGCAGCCCUAUCAGCUUCGCAGUAGCUCAACCGAUAAACGACACUGCGGUAAUUGUGUAUCAUCGUCAGGUGCCGCCCGGCGGCAGAAUCUCCCGGAUGUCUCUUUUAGUUUCUGCACGAAAUGCGAUCUGCUGAUCCGUCUCCCUGGUUCUUCGGAAAGAUUGCCACACCCGGUUCUCGUGGCUCAAACCAUGCUCUUGGCCCAUGGCUUGUGGGUGCAUCGAGGUGAUCUUCUCGUUUCAUCGCAUAGGUUAUCGUCCACAUCGACUUAGCGUUUGAGGCUGUCUGUUGAUCCGGCGAUAGGUUGCAAUGAAGCUCGCCUUGUCCUCAAACCUCUGAUCAGUGCUUCGGUCUAGAGCUUGUAUCUCGGUGUUCAUUUACGGCCGAUCUUCUGUUUGAUCCAUGGUAUUAAUGUUCACGAUAUGCCUUUUCUUGGUCCUUGGCUUUUGUUUGGGUACUUAUGCCGGGCGUGGAUGCAUGUUGUCAAUAGCAUUCGUAUUACUGGAUUACGGGCAGCCGUUCCUACAUUAGCUGGUCAGCGCCCGGCGGGAUACCAGCCUCAUAUCACCUCGCAGAGAACCACAGCAGCAGCACUUUCAUCUUAAGCCUCAAUGGACUUGACACAAACUGGGUUAUACUUCCCGGGUGGUGGAGCCCAGGAUGUCUUCAAAAUAUCACCGUAUCCGCUCGCCGAAGGUUUGAUCUCUCACGUUGAUAUUUGAUCAGCUUUUUUUAGCUCUGAGAGUAAAUACGAGGAGGCUACACCGCCCGAGAUCUUUCUGCUUCUGGACAAGCAACUCCAGUAGGCGGUUGAAACUGACCGCAGAGCCGCGUCAUUGUUCCCUCAUAAACCUCAUGAAAGAGAUCUCUGAACCGAUAUUGGUUCCCUCCUUGGGCUUAUUCCAACGAACAUGAAGACAUGUCUUGGACAAUUUCCUGCACAAUGGAAGGAUUCCUGGAACAAAAGGCUGGGAUUGGUUGGUCAGCCGCAAGCUGGCUGGCUGGCUGGCUGUAGGUAUGAUUGUACGCACAUUGCAUGGUGCAUUGCAUUGAGACAACAACCACUCACUUCCUGGGAUCAGAUGUGUGACUGGAAGGGAAUAUCAAGCCAAGGCGCAUUUUUAGGGGCAGGAUGAGGAAUAACAUGGGGGGGUUUGUGGAUUGAGUUAGGAGAGCCGGAUCCUGCGUAUGUAAUGGGCUUGCGUUAGGAGGGUAUUGAUCUGACGUAUGUAGGACUGUGGGUUUUGGUUGUGGUGGGAAUGUAUGUUACGUAUAGACCGGUCGAAUAUGUACCUACAUUGCAUAGGUGUGGGAAAGGGAUUGAUGAGAGCCAAAGUGGCGAUAACUAGUUGAGAUACGUGGUUCGAAUGCUAUUAUUUUACUUACUUCUCCUUACUUGCACCUUAAGCUGCGUUUUCAGGCUUAUUUUUCUUUUUUCGAUGAGGAAUC